AUGAGGGUCGCAACCAAAGAGAUGGAUGGAUCGGGUCCGGAACCCAAAAGACAGCGUCUAGAUUACCAUAAACCGCAAUCCCACGGUCAUGCCACUACUCUACCACCACCUCCUCACACGUAUCAACCGCCACAGCAACCGCCUCCCCCUCCGUCACCUUACGAUGUUGGCCCGCACGAUAAUAGAAAUCUACCAGACCCCGGCGGUCCCAAUCCCCAUGCCUACGUGCAAGAACAUUCCGGCACGAGCACUCCACGAGACCAGCGAUUUCCGCCUGACCCAGGCUACUCUCGCCGGGGUAGCGCUUCGGUCGUCCCUCGGUCCCCAGAUGGCCACCAUCAAUAUCCACCGGGACGAACUUUGAGUAUCGUUGAGGGCCCGCACUAUCCAUCUCAAUAUUCUGUUGAACCUAGCGGGUAUCCGCCACACGAACCACCGCCGAACGGUAAUGUCCACCACGGCGGUCUGCCAAUGCACCCUUAUGAGCAAGCCCAUGGGUAUCCUCCACCACACCACAUUGAAUUUUCCCAGUCGCCGGUCACUGCUGGUCCUCCAUAUGGAGCCGGAAACUAUGUAGGUCACUUCGGUCAAGCAGGCGCAAGGCCUCUGAAGAAAGGAAAUAGGGCAACGCAGGCAUGUGAUGUCUGUCGAACGAGGAAAGCAAAAUGCGAUGAAGGUAGACCCGAAUGCGGCUUUUGCGUGGAGAAUAACAUGCGAUGCAAUUACCAGAGUGUGGCGCCGGCGAAGGCUGAUCGUGCGAAUCAGCAAAUAAUCGACCAGUUGUCGUCUCACAGAGAGGAGAUGAAAGCCCUCAAAGAAGACUGGGGUGGAAGAUUUGACAAACUCGAGCAGAUGAUCCUGGAUAUGGGCGGUGGACGAAAUUUGACCAUUGAAAGACGUGACACGAAGCCACCACAGCUCAAGUUGGAGAGCCCUCCGGGACCGGCGACUGGCCAAUUACCUGGAGGCGUUGACAAUCUAUCUUCAGAACCCACCGCUAAGGAUACGGCAAUUGUUGACACAAGUCCUGGUGGCUCUUUAACAGAGUCGACAGGCAGUGAUCCUGUUGCAGCACGGACCAACGAAAUCUACAUCGCACACAAUACCGCAGCUCAGAAGUUGUUUCGUUGGCGGUCUAUCAAACAAUUACUGCGACAAUGCAGUAAGAUUGAAUUUUCCGAUCGUGCGGAAGACUAUGUUAUGGAGUAUGAGAUCAACAAGGGCGUAAUGAGGAUCUAUGGCAAAGGCCGUCAGUUGCGAGACUCUCUAUAUGCGUCUCCUACAAGUGUAGCUGCAGCCAGCCCCACUCCCAGCAAUGUCAGCGGUCCAGGGGACGAGACUUCGACGGCUAGUAGUCCGGCCUCUUCACCACCCGAGAGCCUCUGGGGUACCGCUUUCAUGCCCACUCCCGUGGAGAUUAGACCCACCAGCGAUGUGGGGGGUCUCGGUCCAGAUAACACUUUGAAGCUUGAGACGAGAACGAUAUCCCGCCUUCAUCAAAGUUACCUUGACAAUAUCCAUAUCCUACAUCCUAUCCUGGAUCAGCGUGAGUUGACCCGGAUGGUUGAGCAUUUCAAGCGUCGCCACAACCCACACCCACACGAUACGAAUUCAUCCAAAGUUGGAUUUGUAAUCCCAGUCAACGCCAAUCUCGAUGCUGUACGAGACCCGCAUGCGAUUCUCAACAGAGCGCAGAAGCGAAAGCACUCUGACGGACAGUAUUACGGCGCGUUGGGCGAGUCGAGCCUGGCGCCAAGUCCGAUGAGCCCAAAAAUUUUCUUGGAAAAGUCUCCAGAAACGGCUCUUACACUCCUCGUGAUGGCCUUGGGAAAGAUCUGUGAGUGUAGAUCACCACUUCCAGGACCGGUUCCGGACAACAUGAGAGACCCUAUGAAUCACACAGCGCAUCCUUAUUCGCCUUCCAGAGGUCAAACAGACUCGCCGCCGCCCCCGUAUUCUCAACCGAUGCGACAUUCUCCAUCUGCUUCAUCCCACUCCACUGCCAGUACAUCUGCACCUUCUCCAAUGAGCGCUGGUCGAGUGGCCGGGUCAAGUCCAAGGUCUUCGGUCGGCGAGCUAUCUUCCGGCGCCAGGAACGUCGAUGUGAUACCUGGGCUGGCUUAUUAUGCACAAGCCACGGACAUCUUGGGCAACCUUACUGGCUUCCAGGAAUUGAUCUACGCGCAGUGCUGUCUACUUGCCGGUCUAUACGCAGGUCAACUGGCGAACACCUUGGAGAGUUUGACUUGGAUACAGACGGCUAGUAGAGUAUGUCGUUUUCUUGUCUCAGAGCCACCCUUCACGAAAAUGAGAGAAGCAAAAAAAGAAGUAAUCAAAAUUGCGUUCUGGUCAAGCUUGCAAUUGGAGAGUGACAUAUUGGCCGAGCUUGAUGUUCCUCCGAGCGGAAUACAAAGCGUACUGACCCCUCCUGAAUAUCCAAAAUCAAUGGCCGAUCACCCAAUUGCUGUCUACGACGACCCGGGUAAAGCAAAGGUCAUGACAUAUUAUUGUUUCCAGCUCAUGAUGCGGAAGUCGCUCAACGACAUUCAAACAGAGCUUUACAAGGCCCCAAAUUUUGAAAGGGUGACUCGUUCUGCCAGCCUGAUCAACGCUUUCAAUACCAACAUAUGGGAGUGGAGAAAGAUGCUCCCUCAAGAUCUGCAAUGGGAAGACACCGAACCCCCAGCCCGGUACAUCAAUGACGCUCGUUUACGUGGAAAGUUCUAUGGCGCCCAGUAUAUCAUCCAUCGACCUUUCCUACACGCUGCACUUGACUUUGACUUUACUACUUCCGACGUUCAGUCCCCAACCCACGAAAAUGUUGAAGUUUCUCAAAACGCACUCCAUCAGCCCGUCCUGAGUCCUGACACCCAAGCGGGCACCAUGGGACCACCAAAGCCCGUCUCUGAUCCGGGAUACCACCGUCGCACCGAAACCAUCAGUUUCGCGGUCAAAUGUAUACGAGCCGCCGAAGAAAGUACUGUAGCUUUCGACGGGAUCCUCGACCAUAGGAGAUUGAUAGUCACGAACAUAAUGGGUACUGCCCACGCCCAAUUUGGAAAUAUGCUCGUACUCUCAGCAGCAUACAAAUCCAAGACAUUGGGUCAGUACGUGGAGCGUGGAAAGCUAAGCCAUCUCUUUGAUCGGACGAUCAAGAUGCUGGGUGACCUCGCCCCUAUAUCACAAACGCUGGCGAGAGACUCUUUUAUACUACAUUGGUUGCGGAAAGUGGUGUUUGAAGGCGCUGAUACCUUGUCGACCUCCUUUUCAUCCGAAUGA